AUGGGUGAGGAGGUGCUAUUUCUGCCUCGCUAUACCAGGGCUGUCAACGGACUAGCAAACGCCCUCUACAUCGACAGCACAUACGAUUCUACUAUAAUGCUUUCUUUCAAGGGCAGCCCCCAUCAUCGACGAGAGUUUGCUGCUAUUGCUGGCAGAAGUAUAGGUAUAGGACCUUAG